GAUCUCUGGAGCUCGUUUACCAGCGAGAUGGAGAGAUGAAGGGUAUCCCUCUGUUUCGGUACAUCGCUCCCAAGACAAUGUUCGCCAACGGGACGGAUUACGCUCCCAACGAGGGCUUCUGCCCCUGCAGGCAGUCGGGUCUGCUGAACGUCAGCAGCUGCCGGCACAACUCUCCGGUCUUCAUCUCUCAACCUCACUUCUUUAAUGCCGAUCCUGUGCUGCUGGACUUCGUUCAGGGCCUCAAACCAACAGAGGACGAGCACGGCCUCUUCAUCGACAUCCAUCCACUGACGGGCGUCCCUCUCAACGUGUCCAUCCGGCUGCAGCUCAACCUCUACAUGAAGAGAGUGUCGGCCAUUACAGAAACUGGCAAGAUAGCCGAGGUGGUGAUGCCGAUGAUCUGGUUUGAGGAGAGCGGCUACAUAGACGGACCCAUCCUCGAUACGUUCCACACCAACCUGGUGGUUCUCCCGGCUGUGAUGGACUUCAUGCAGUACGGCUUCAUCGCCCUCGGCCUGGCCACCAUCCUCAUCGCCUCCCUGGUGCAUCACAAAGUGAAGAGGUCUCGUUCAAAUGUGACGAUGACUUCCACAGGAGAGGACAACCCUGCAGUGUCCGAUGAAGAGCGAGUAAAAGGCGCUCAUGACCACGAAAAAAAGAAGUAUAUAAAUAAUUAAGAGACGUGAAUGUGAAGAGGACGACGCAUCAUAUGGAAACAAGAGCUCCUCUACUGAAAGAUGACACACACACACACACACACACACACACACACACACACACACACACAGCUGGUGUCUCUCUGACUUUAUUCCAGUACCUUGAACUGAAACACUGAUGCACACGUUUCAUUGAGUGAAAGAGAUGACAUGUUUUAUUCUUCUGUAAAUGUUUAAACUCGAGGACGCUUUCACGUCAUCCGACGCGUCGGGAUUCAGGACAUUUUAUCUGUUGCCAUGGUUACACUUGUUUUUUUUUUUUUUUUUGUGCGAUUUUUGUGAUCGGAUGCGUCGGAUCAGAACUCCGCUGUGUGGAGACUUUCGUUUUGAUAAAUUGUCCCCAUCGUGUCCCAUCGUGUCCACACCUCACUGAGAUCUGAACUCGCUGUGGUCCAGUCCACUUCGCCAUGUGGUCUGGCUGAUCCCGCGUACAGAAUUGACAGUCAAUGCGCUGAAAAGACGAGUGUAACCACGACUUCUUGAAGACGGAACGAGUGACGACGAUCUGUCGCUCAACACCACUUUUCUUUUUUUCUUUAUUUUUGUACCAAAAACAAAUGAGACUCCAGCGUGUUCAUGUUGCGCUGCUCGGUAUUCGAUGUAAAUCUGCGCUGAUCGGGAACAUUUGAUAGUUUGUCUCCUCAGGUUUACUGUUGUGGUUAUUUCUACUGUGAUUUAAAAAGACGUGUUUCUGCAUCAACAACAAGGGAACUCACGGGCAGAAACUGCUGACUGUUGGUGAACUGAACCUUACUACCGACGUGCCUUUGGUCGUCUCACUGACCUUCAGGUCCUUGUAUUCCAUGUGCUCUCAGGAUCGCAGAGUUAAAGCAGAAGAACCAAACUCUUCUUCUGUAAAGGUGUGAAUGUGUUUCUUGAAACGGAGAUGAAUGAUGACGUCUGCCGUCUAAAUGGCUCCUUUAUUAUGAAUGAAUGAAACAUGGAGGUAAUAAAUGUUUUAAAUUCUA